GGCGGGAAGCGCUAAGGAGCUGCUGAGGGAAGCCAUGAGGGAGGCGCUGCGCGGACGCUCGGGCAACCAGCCGGCCCCGGGCAACCAGCCGGCCCCGGGCAGCCCCCUACGCCCCGCCGCCCCCUCCAUGGCGCCGCCCGGGCACCCUUGGUCCCACACCCGCGCCGCGCUGGGGCGGCUGGAGAGGGCGCUGAGCUGCUCCCGCUGCGCCGGCGUCCUGCGGGAGCCCGUGUCCUUGGGGCAGUGCGAGCACGUCUUCUGCCUAUCCUGCGUGGGUGACUGUGUUGGCACCGAGUGCCCCGUGUGCCACGUGCCAGCCUGGGUGCAGGACGCACAGAUCAACCGGCAGCUGGAUAACAUGAUCCAGCUCUGCAGCAAGCUGCGGCAGCUCCUGGGCGCCGACGCCUCAGAUUCAGCAGAAGUUACAUCCACACCGACUGACUCAGACUUGGGAAAAAAGAGCAAGAAGGAACAGAUAAAAAUGUGGUUUAGUCCAAGAAGCAGGAAGAUUCGAUGUGUUGUGAAGAGGAGUCAGGCUGAGACUAAAAGCAAUGACCUUGGUCAAGACACAUCUUCAGUUUAUGAUUUCUUUCCUUCCCCUCCUCAAGAGAAGCCCUCCAAGCCGACAAAAAGACCAACCCAGAGACAGAGGAAGAAGAUGAAAAAGAAACAUCUAGCAGACAUUAACAAAGAGUGGAACUUAGAGAAACCUGAGCAGAAAGGAGUCGAGGAGAAGAUUCCCAAGGAAAAGUGUGUGACCAUCUGCAGUCAGCCAGUAGUGCUGUGUACUCCAGAACCAGAGAGUCCUGAAGAAAGACCUCAGCAGGAGUCUGUAAAGGAAGCUGACUCCAGCAACAAUACAGAAGAUAUGGAAGUUCUACCACAGGCAGAAUCCCCAGAGAAGAAAGAUAGUGGUGAGGUUGUGUGCUCUGCACGAGAUAGCAAGGAAAAAUAUUGUGCUGCAGAGACAACACUCUCAAUAGAAAAAGCAGUUAUGCCUUUGAAACGUGGAAGGCAGCAAUCCAGACUUCAGGGUACUCCUCAGUCUAAAAGAGCAAGGAGAAGUGAGAGGGAUGUUCCUGGGAAGUCAGGCAGGCAGGCCAAUGGCUUAGAGGAGUCACUGCAGGGCUCCCCCAUCUCCCCAGCGACGGAACACCAGACACCAGUUCAGAUUUCUUCCUCUGCAUCCAAUCUCACUGACACUGGAAUGAAGACAAGAAGAUCUGCAGCCCUUCAAGUGAUAAACAGUCCUUCACUUUCAGAAUCUCCUUCUACCCCAUCCACUUCCAAGACUUGCAGCCAAGUAGCAACACCACUCAGUCCUUUUGUGUUGAAAUCCCCUGGUGGCAACGCAAUUGCCAGAAGGAAUUACAAGGGAGAGACUUUGCUCCAUGUUGCUUCCAUCAAGGGUGAUUUAGCAGCUGUGGAGGAGCUGCUGAAAAACGGGGCAGAUCCCAAUGUCAAAGAUAAUGCUGGCUGGACACCACUGCACGAGGCGUGUAACCACGGGCACAGGGAGGUGGUGGAGCUGCUGCUGCAGCACCGGGCGCUGGUGAACACCACGGGCUACCAGAACGACUCCCCGCUCCACGACGCUGCCAGGAACGGGCACGUGGCCAUCGUGGAGCUGCUGCUCCUGCACGGCGCCUCCCAGGAUGCAGUUAAUAUAUUUGGUCUGCGGCCUGUGGACUAUGCAGAAAGUGAAAAGAUGAAAUCUGUGCUAAUGUUACCAGUGAAGAAUGAAUCAUUUUCACUUAACCAGCCCUCUGAGGCACUGAGCUCCAGCCAGCCAAGAAAUGGACCUCUUGGUGUACUGGGGAGCAAUCUUAGUGCGGAGCAGCAGAAAUUGCUGAACAAAUUAGCAACAGUCCUGAAGGCCCAGAGGUGCACUGAAUUUAACAGCAGAGUAACUCAUCUUGUUAUCCCCGAUGUUCCAAUGCCAAGUACUGUCAAAUGCAUGAUGGCUGUUCUGACUGGAUGUUGGGUCCUCAAGUUUGAAUGGGUACAAGCCUGUCUGCAGAGCUGUGUUCGAGAGCAAGAAGAGAAGUACGAAGUCCAAGGUGGCCCCCAGCGAGGGCGGCUCAACCGGGAGCAGCUGCUGCCUAAGUUGUUUGAUGGAUGCUACUUCUAUUUUUUGGGAUCUUUCAAACAUCACCAGAAGAGUGAUCUGCUGGAGCUGGUGAAAGCAGCAGGAGGCCAGGUCCUGGUUAGGCAGCCCAAACCAGACAGUGAUGUGACACAGACCAUCAACACAGUGGCCUACCAUGCAGAGCCCACCUCUGACCAGAGGCUCUGCACCCAAUAUGUCAUCUAUGACGUGGCUUCCAAGUUCCAGCCGGAGAAGAUCCGGCAGGGCAAGGUGUGGAUGGCCCCCUCCAGCUGGCUCAUAGACUGUGUGAUGUCAUUUCAGCUCCUGCCUGUGAAGUGAAUAUCAAAUAGCAGCAUCUCGAGAGCAAGGCUUUAAAAUGGGCUGAAUCUUGAGCAGCUGGGACACGCUGGCAAACGCUGCUCUGAAGCUGUGAUUUGGAUUCAGGAGAGCUUUGAGCAUUUAAGUGAGUGACUAAGAUAACUGAUGUGCUGGAAUAAAUGAAUGUACAAUGGAGGAGAGGAUUGUAAAGUGUGCCUUGGCUUAUUUAGUAUGUUUUAUUUUUACACCAAACUUAAUAAAUGCUUAAUAAAUCACUGACUUUAUAGAUCACUGACUUUUUGUAACUGGGAUUUUGCAAAAUGAAACCUUUUACUUUCUUGAUUUGAACCAGCCCUUGUAGGCAAUUGAGCAUGACCCCUUUUAUGUUGUGUUUAACAUCCAUUGAUAAAGAUCUACUGUAUUUAUCAAGAUUUUCCAGGCCAGAAUUUGUGUUUUUUAAAAAAUGGACUCCAUGCAUUUGACCCUGUGCAGACAUGUAAGGUGAUAUGUGACAUUUAUUAUAACUUCUUACAAGUGAAUUUUGCUGGAAAUUCUUGGCAUGGGAUAAGUCUUGGAGAAAUCAGAGUUAAAUUAAUGGCCUGAACUCAUCUGGAAGUAGACAAUUUGAGAACACUGUAUUUAAAAAUCUUGGUCUAAAAUUUACUUAUUUGUAAAAAGGUGAAUGCUUUACUCACUUCUGUCCUCAUUUAUGCUUGUAAAUGUGUAACUAGAAUUCAGUUCUAUUUUCUGAAGGCUUUGAAGCAUCAGGUUCCUUAUUAAAUUAUUAUAGUAAAUAUUUUUGUAAAUUUG